AUGGCUGUAGUGCUUUGGGCAUUGGCUUUAGCAAGCCUAUGCUACCCUCUAGCCUCAACCAAUGCUCAAUCACAUGCAGCUGCACCAUCAAAGUUUCCAACCACAACAGCAUCUUCACCCUCCACAUUGCCAAUUGCAACUUCACCAUCUUUAGCCAAACAACAACCUGUUGUGGCAGCAACUCCUGCUAGUAGUACAAAGAAACCACCAACAGCAACUUCUCCUACUUGGAACAAACCAACGAACACAAUCACAUCAGCAGCACCUUCCAAAUUACCAACCAUAAUCCCCGCUGCACCUUCCAAGUUGCCAACUGCAGCUUCUCCAACUUCUGGCACACCGUCAGCUGCUAAAACACCACCCAUUGUGGUAGCAGCUCCUCUUGCCUCAAGAAAACCACCAGUAGCAACAUCAACUCCAACAGCUGGCCCCGUGAAAUCACCAGUUCCCAAAUAUACAUCUCCAACAUCUUCCCCUGUGAAGUCAUCAGUUCCCAAAGUCACAACGCCAGCAUCUACUCCUGUAAAGUCAUCAGUCCCCAAAGUUACAACUCCAGCAUCAGCUCCUGUGAAGCCACCAGUUCCAAAAGUAACAUCUCCAACAUCUUCCCCUGUGAAGUUACCAUCUCCAAAGGUUACAACUCCAACAUCUUCUCCUGUGAAACCACCGGUUCCAAAAGCUAUAACUCCAGCAUUUGCUCCUUUGAAACCUCUUAUUCCAAAACCUACAACUCCGGCAUCUGCUCCUUUGAAACCUCUUGUUCCAAAAACUACAACUCCAACAUCUGCUCCUUUGAAACCUCCAGUUCCUAAAAUUACAACUCCAACAUCUGCUCCUUUGAAACCUCCAGUUCCUAAAAUUACAACUCCAACAUCUGCUCCAGUGAAACCACCAGUACCCAAAUUUACAACUCCAACAUCUGCUCCUGUAAAACCACCAGUUCCAAAAGCUACCACUCCAAAAUCUGCACCUUUGAAACCACCAGUUCCAAAAGUUACCACUCCAAAGGCUGCACCUGUGAAACCACCAGUUCCAAAAGCUACCACUCCAAAGGCUGCACCUGUGAAACCACCAGUUCCAAAAGCUACCACUCCAAAGGCUGCUCCUGUGAAAUCACCAGUUCCAGAUCCUCCAAAACUUGCUCCUGUAAAAACACCAGUCCCCAAGGUUACACCAGCAUUAAGCCCAAAAGCUCCAUCUCCUAAAAUUCUACCACCACCACAUCCACCCAAAAAAGCACCAGUUUCUCUACCACCACUACCUCUAGCACCUGUUUCACUUGCACCAUUACCGUUGCCACCAGCUUCUUCACCACCAAAGGCAUCCCCAACACCUGCAAAGGCACCAAAAGCACCAACACCAUCCAAAGAAACACCAGCACCAGCACCACAUAAAAAGAAAGCACCAAAGUCUUCACCUGUUCCUUCCCCAGCAAUUAACCCACCAUCACCUGCACCAGCACCUGCAAUAGACACACCAUCAUCAGCACCAGCACCAACACCUGAAGAUGACACGCCAGAACCACCACCCCACAAGCACAAGAGAAGAAAACACAAGCAUAAGCAUAGGAGACAUCAUGCGGUAUCUUUAGCUCCAGAACCAACAAGUACAACAAUCAUUAGGAGGAGUCCCCCAGCACCACUAGCUGAUGAUACUACUCCAGCAGAUUCUGAUGAGUCACCAGCACCAGCACCAAGUCCCAAUGCGAAUGGUGCACCAUCAUACCAAGGGCAAUGGAGAAAGAUAAUGGCAACUGGUGGACUUGCUGUUGCCAUUUUGUUAUGUGUCACUUGAAUACCUGCAGCAGAUGCUAUAUAUAUCAGGUCAUUUGAAGAAACAUGGAUUCACGCAAAGCGGUUAAAUUUGGUUUGCAAAAAUAUAAAAUUAUUUCAUAUGUAUGAAAAUGAAUAAUGAAAAAUUAUACUUAUAAAUUAUUAAUUUUUUAUCCUUCCGUUCUUUCAUUGUAUUGUGGUCUUUGCUCAAACAAUAUUAGUGAUAUGAGAUUUUGAGUUAUCAGGAAAUGCAAAGUGAAAUAUGUGUGUCUAAUA